AAAAACUCUAAAAGAGAUUAGGGCUACCCAAGGGCCUCUGCUUGUUCUUGUCAGAGCAGAUGAGUAACAAAAGGAAGGAAUUGUAGAGAAGAUGCUGGAAUCGCUUUGGACAAAGAUGUCUGGUGGCUACGUAAAAGGAAACAGAGUUCAGUCUACUUGGUAAGAGUCUUCUUCACCCACGUGGAAAUGAUGCUAUCAGCUCAAACAUCUAUGGGGUGUGUAUUGGUGAUACUGGUGUUUCUUCUGAAUAUUGGCUCACUCAUCAUUUAUUUUGUCAAUCUUGCUGAAGAAGAAGGAUACCAGAUCUCCUUUCCAGACAGCAUCAUUUAUGUAGACACAGGCUUCAAUGCUUUCUUCCUCUUUUACUUUGGAUUACGGUUUGUGGCAGCAGAUGACAAGCUGAGGUUCUGGCUUGAGCUGAAUUCUCUUGUGGAUUUCUUCACGAUCCCUCCAGUUUUUGUUUCCUAUUAUAUAGACAGAAAUUGGCUUGGUUUGCGUUUUUUGAGAGCGCUUAGGUUGUUGGAGCUUCCCCGAAUACUACAGUUCCUGAGGGUCACAAAGAACAAUUACUCAAUCAAGCUCUCCAAACUCUUUGCUGUAUUUAUUGGUACCUGGCUUACAGCUGCAGGAUUUAUUCACUUGAUAGAAAACAAUGGAGAUCCUUGGGUCCAGCCUCCAAAUUCACAGUCCAUCACCUAUUUGAAGUGCAUGUACCUAGUAAUGGUGACAAUGUCCACUGUUGGUUAUGGUGAUAUUGUCGUUCAAACAGCCUUGGGUCGAACCUUCAUUAUUUUCUUCAUUAUUGGUGGCUUGGUCCUGUUUGCAAACAUAAUCCCUGAAGUUGUGGAAAUUGUUGAAAGCCAUAAAAGUUACAAAUCUUCCUAUGAAGUGGUGAGUGGGAAGAACUAUGUCGUUGUCUGUGGUAAUAUCACUCUGGAGAGCGUUACUACUUUCCUACAAGACUUUUUGCUUCAGGACACAGGAAAGGUUUGCACAGAAAUCCUUUUUCUGGGAGAGUCUCUUCCUAGUCUUGAGCUGGAAGCUGUAUUCAAAUGCUAUUCAGCCUACACAACUUUCUUUUAUGGCUCUGCACUAAAGUCUGGAGAUCUGAAGAGAGUUGGGAUGGAGUCUGCAAACGCUUGUCUCAUUCUAGCAGAUGUUUGCUCUCCACAGCCCUAUACUGAAGAUACUUGCAAUAUCAUGAGAGUGCUGUCAAUCAAGAAUCACUACCCCAACACCAGAGUCAUUUUACAGAUAAUUCAGUCUCGUAACAAGGUUCACCUGCCGAACAUACCCAACUGGGACUGUAGGAGGGGAGACAAUAUCAUCUGUCUUGCUGAAUUGAAGUUAGGCUUUAUAGCACAAAGUUGCCUAGUUCCUGGUUUGUCUACUCUCCUAACCAGUUUGUUCAUUGGGAAAGAGAACACUGAGACAAAGAGAAAAUAUCUGAAGGACAAGACGCUUCUGGGAGACAAAGACUACAAAGUAAUGACUUUUCAGCUCUCCAACGAUUUUGCAGACAUGACUUUUAUAGAGGUUUGUCGGUUGUGCUUUGUAAAACUAAAUCUUGUCCUCUUGGGAGUUGAACUCAAAUUUGGCAGUCGAGGAGAGAGCACUAUCCUGAUCAAUCCAUCUUCAAGGAUAAAACUUCAUCGGAAUACCAUGGGAUUUUUUAUUGCUCAUUCCCUUGCAGAAGUCAAAAAGGCACAGUUCUAUUGUAAAGCCUGUCACAGUGAUGUACAAGAUCCAGAGCAGAUUAAAAAAUGCCAUUGUAAAAGAAGAGUUCACUCCAGACAUUUCUCAGAGGUACUGAAAUUACGAAGCGGAUCACUUGUUUCACGUGGAGAGCCUGCAAAGUCAAGGUCCUUUAUCAACCUUCCACUUCAGAGAUUUGUUGAUGGGGUUUUGGAUGUCCAAGGAAAGGAGAACAGCAGAGUCAUCUUAGACCCAACAGGAAGGUUCCACUGGUGUGAUGCUGUUCCGCUGCAGGAGGCUCUUCUGAGUUGCAACGACCAAGCAGCACUGAACCUGCAGGAUCACAUUUUGGUCUGCGUCUUUGGUGAUGCAAACUCACCACUGAUUGGGCUGCAGGACUUCGUGAUGCCCUUAAGAGCUAGUAACUUCACUUACCAUGAGCUGAAAGAUAUUGUUUUUCUUGGGUCUUUGGAAUAUCUGCAAAGAGAAUGGAAAUUUAUUCAGAAUUUCCCAAAGCUGUGGUUAUUCUCGGGCAGUGCUCUCUGCUGUGCAGAUCUGAGGGCAGUUAAUGUCCGGGAUUGCUCUGCUUGUGCCAUUCUGUCUUCCAAUACCACUGCUUCAAGCAAUCCUUCCCUGGUGGACACGGAAAGCAUCCUAGCCACUCUGAACAUCCGAUCCAUGCAGGAUAAGCCCAGCUCAGCCUCACUAGAUGCUGUUUUCAGAGGAAGAGCAUUGGGGAAUCAAUCAGAGCCAUGUUAUAAAAGGAUCCCCAUCACUACAGAGCUGAAGUCUUCACCAAAUGCCCAGUUCAUUAAUCAGGCUCCCAGCGGCAAUUCUGAAAUUCCAGAGCAAGAUCAGCUUUCCACCACUGCUGCCCCUGCGGGAGCUAUCUUCUCAGAUAGCUUCUUGAAUUCUCUUUUGUCUAUGACCUACUACAACCAUCGCAUCUUGGCUUUGCUGCAGACUUUGGUGACAAGUGGGACAAGCCCAGCACUGGAGGAACAGCUGUUGGAAAUGGACAGUGGGCUGAGCAGAAGUCCUGAUGACAUGGUCCAAAAUGUCUCCCAGCUCCGAUGCAAACUGGGACUCCUACCACUGUCUGAGAGGUUGUUAACGGGUGUCACGCAGGAGGACUCCUUUGGAGACGUUUACUGCAAAGCUUUAGACUUGUUCGGGAUACUCUGCUUUGGGCUCUACCGGCUGAUGAAAGAGCCCAAUCCAUACAAGAACAGGUUUGUGAUUGCUCGGCCUGCCAGUGAUUUGAAGAUGUUGCCCACAGAUCUACUUUUCUGUCUUGUUCCGUUCAACGUUGCAACAACUGAUGACCAGAGAGGGGAAAUGGAGAGUCAGUUAGGAAGCAAGAAAAGAGGUUUGAAAGACUGCAGCUUGAGUCCAGAUACCACAUGCCGAGAAGAAAGGAACCCAAACAGCUGACGCAGAGUUCAGACUAAACUAACUGCAAGCUCCCCAGGGACAUCACAAGGUGGAUGCAUCCUCACGAAUGGCACUGGCACCUCUGCACAUCUCCAUCCCUGGAGGCAGCACCAAGGACUAGAGGCACUUUGCUCUGCUCAGUCCCAGGAUGCAGCAGAAGGGGAUGAAGAAAGAGGCACAUAAUCCUGUCUGUGAUCCAAUCCAGUUUUUCCAGUGAGAGACAAAUGAACGAGCUCGUAUUGCUCUGAAUAGCAACAAGGUGACUGGUUGCCAGCCUGUAAAAUCUGGUAUCGUCCCUGCUGGAGCCAGAGCUUGACCUUAAGAAAAUUCCUGCCAGUUUCUCCGAUGGGAGCGUGUCCCUGUGCUGCUGCAGAAGCCUGUCUGCCACAGGGUGCGUCUCCCUAAGCUCUAGGUGUCCUUGGCACAGCUACAGCCACUGCCACGGGCUGCUGCUGGGUGAGCCACACCAGGAGCCUGAAACCUUCCCGAAAUGUGCCCUUCCAGCAGCCUCUCUGCAUUUACACUGAGCGGGCUCCUCCUCAGCAGAUGUUCAGGACUCAGCGCUCAGGCUUACACGGAAGAACUUCCAAACCAAACCAUCUGGAAAGGAAAACAGCAAAGGAUUUGCGAGCGAUUUCUCUCCUCUGCCGCACCUCCUGCCUGGCGUCCCUGAUCCCAAAGUCACAAGGAAGGAUUUGAGAGGAGAGAAGCAGAGCACCGGGGCCGGGAUCAGGAGGAGAGUGUCAGGGAAGAGAUGUUCCUGGCACGGCUGCAGCUGCUGCUGCAAAACACGGCGGCGAGGCGAGGGCUCUCCGUGCGAGUUUCGCCCUCUCGCUCGGCGCAGGAGCAGUAAAUCGCAGCAGGAUUGGGCCGGACCCUGCUCCUCAGACCUUUUGCAGCAUCCACAAGAUCAACAGCAUUUACGCUGCCUCUUGGCAGGUUUUAAAUCCACUGUGCUUUAUGCCAGUGCCUGAACCUCCCCGCUACCCAUCACCGAGGGGCUCUGCACACUGCCGGUGAGCGCGCACAUCCCCACCAGUGUUUCGAGCCCCACCACCCUGCGUGCUCCCACUCCUGGCACUCAUCACAGCUCAUCACAGCUCACACCAAGGCUGGGAACCUCACCUGCACCCUGGGGUAGCCCCAGGUGCUGGGAGCAAUCCUGCCUCACCUGUGGCAGGCUGAUGCAGAGCUCCUCAUUUUGGGGCCCCUGGGGCUGGGGAGGGCUCCUCGGCUGGCUCUGCCCCCGCCUUUCUCCCCAUUUCCCACUGUGCCUUCUGAACUCUGGCUUCGGGAAAAGCUGGGGCUGACCAGAGAGCUUUGGGCUCUUUCCGGAUAAAGGAUUAUUACAAUUACCCUUAAUAGCAGUAACAGCGCAUUAGCUUUUGUAAGGCUGUUACAUCUGGUGGGCACAUGGGAGCCCAUUACCGAGCAGGCUGUGGUCCCGGCGUUACGCUGCUGUUAAAUUUUCUGCUUGAGGAAGGAAGAUGUUGGGCAAAAACUGAGGCUGGUGAUGAGCAUUGCUCCGGGAAGGCAGAGCCGCUGCCUGCAGCGGGCACCUUGGUGCCAGAGCUGUGGUGGGAAAUCUGUGCGUGAAUCAUGGUGCAGAGCAUGUACGAGGGCACGGGUGUUUUUGGUGGGUGCUGGGAUCCACCUGCAGGGGGGUGCAGCCCUUUUCUGUACCUUUUUUGGGAUCUCUCCAGCCCUCUGGGGUCUCCCCUUCCCCGUCUUCCUGGAGAGAGCUCUCUGCACAGCCCAGGAAAUUGGGUAAUGAAAGCCGAGUCAUACAUUCCUGCUUUAUGUUUCCAAAGAAGCAAGUGUGACUGUCAGGUUUACAAAAGAUUGUUUAUGUUCAGUGGCGUGAAAUGGGGAGCGAGUGUGCGGAGCAGAGCGAGAGAAAGACUGCCCUGCCCGUGCUGACAGCGCCGCAUUCAUCCUCCACGCUACAGCAGACAAAGCGCUGGUGCUGCCUGACAGGGGCCAUAAAUCACCGCUGGGAGAUGCUGUACCUACAGCUUAUACCAUUCCAGAUGACAAACACACAAUAAUCCACACAGCACAGCACUUUUUCUCCCCUCUCUCCCUCGGACUCGCUGGUGCUCGAGUGACGACAGGAGGCACAGAGAAACCUGCAAAGCCCGGAGAGCUGCCGAGGGGCCGCGGGGAGGAGCAGGAGAGGUUGCGGGUGCAAGGAGCACAAAGCCAGGGCCCACCUGAGCCCAGAGCUGCUGUUGGGGCCAAAACCAGGGGUCACCAGUUCACAAAGGGCACAAGGGGGACACGAUUUCAGUGCCCAGGGCUCUGCAGCCCCCCAGAGCAGCUCAGGGAAGGCACGCAGGGCCCUGCGUUGUGCCACCUGCUGAAUUCUGGCUGCUCCACGUGCUGCUGACGCAGCGCCCACGUGCACUUGGAGACGCAGCCUCAGCUGCAGAUGACAGGGUGGUUUUUUUUGGAGCCCUGAUCUUGACUCACACUGUGCAAACCCUCCAUGGCCGACGUUCCCCAAAUGGCACGGGUGCUUCGCUCUGCCUGGCCUGGCUGGCUCCUGCACCCCAAGCAAGGCUCCUGCUUAAUCCCUAGCUGAAUGUGGGGCUGGACCCCAUCACAGCCCCCAGCCCCGAUAAAUCCUGGCCAGAAACACCCCACAGU